UGGGGGACCCCGGGGCCCAGGGCAGAGGAGAAGCCCACAGCCUGGAGGGGUGCUGCCCAGAUAAGCUGCCUUCCGGCCACCAGCCUGGGUCGGGGGGCACCAGCCCUUCCUGGGGCCUCCUUCCUCCUGGUCCCCUCCUCCUCCCGCCCUCCCCACCCCUCCCCCGCAGCCCUUAUAGCCACAUCCUGCAAGGAAAAACCCCAGACUCCUGCACCGCCGGCGGAGAUGAGGAUGCGUGUGAGGGCUCAGUGGCCCAGGGCGCCCUGCUCAGCCCUCCUGCUCCUGGGGCUUGUGCUGGGCGCUGCGGCCCAGCUCAACUGUCCUGGGAACACCUACCCCGGUGGCAGCAAGUGCUGUCGGGAGUGUGAUCCAGGUUACGGGAUGGAGAGCCGCUGCCAUGGCAAGCAGGACACCGUGUGCCGGCCGUGUGAGCCUGGCUUCUACAACGAGGCCACAAACUAUGAGGCCUGCAAGCCCUGCACACAGUGCAACCAGAGAAGUGGGAGCGAACCCAAGCAGAGAUGCACACCCACGCAGGACACCCUCUGCCGCUGCAGGCCUGGCACUCAGCCCCAGCGUGGCUACAAGCUCGGAGUCGACUGUGCGCCGUGUCCACCAGGACACUUCUCCCCUGGCAACAACCAGGCUUGCAAGCCCUGGACCAACUGCACCUUGGUGGGAAAGCGCACACUGCAGCCAGCCAGCAACAGCUCGGAUGCUGUCUGUGAGGACAGGAGCCCCCCAGCCACACUGCCCUGGGAGACCCAGGGUCCCCCAGCCCGGCCCCCUACCACUCAGCCCACCACUGCCUGGCCCAGGGCCUCACAGGGGCCCUCCACAUCCCCCACAGAGCCACCCAGGGGCCCUGAGCUGGCCGCCAUCCUGGGCCUGGGCCUGGGCCUGGGCCUGCUUGCCCCUGUGGCCGCUGUGCUGGCCCUGUUCCUGCACCACAGGGCCUGGAGGCUGCCGCCCCACGUCCCCAAGCCCCCCGGUGAGUGCCACUGUGGACCCAGCCCAGCUGCCUCCCGAAGGGGUGAGGCCCCUGCCCACCUCCCACCUAUCGCUCCUUCCUCCUCCCCAGGGGGAAACAGCUUCCGGACCCCCAUCCAAGAAGAGCACGCCGAUGCAGACUCCACCUUGGCCAAGAUCUGAGCAGCGUCCGCUGGUG